AUGCUCCAGCUGGCCGCUCGGUGCACCACCGGCACGCGGCGCGCGAGCAGCCUCGGCUGCCAACGCAGAGCGCUGUGCUCGAAGCCUCCAGACUCGGCCCCUCCCUCCAAAGUGGCGGCGGGCCUCGCCGGCCUCGCCGGCGGCGGCCUCGGCUCCCUCGUCGGCAUUGGCGGCGGCGCUGUGAUGGUGCCUCUCAUGACGGCGUACGCUCGCAUGAGCCAGCACCAGGCGGUGGGCACCUCGUCGGCGGCGGUGGCGGGCGUCGGCCUCUCCGGCAUGGCCUCCUUCGGCUCCGCCGGCGCGGUCGACCUCCUCGCCUCCGCGGCGCUCGCGUCCACCGCGAUGCUGACCGCCCGGUUCGGUGCGCGAUUUACGGGCAAGUUCAACCCGGUGCAGCUGCAGCGCGCGUUCGCGGCCUUCCAGCUGGCCGUCGCGCCCAUGGUCCCGCUCAAGGGUGCCCUCGUCCGCAGCAGCAAGCAGAGCCCCGGCGAUGGCGUAGGAGGAGGAGGCGGCGGAGGAGGCGGCUCAGAGGCCGCCGCGCCGGCUCCCUCCUCCACGGCGCUGUCGCCGGAGCGGCAGCGGGAGCUGCUGCAGCUCGCCGCGGUCGGCGCCGCGGCCGGCUUCGCCUCGGGCAUGUUUGGCAUCGGCGGCGGCGUCGUCAUCACGCCGGCGCUCUGCCUGCUGACUGACAUGCCGCACACUUGCGUGCUCGGCACCACGCUCGCGUCGAUGGUGCCUCCCUCGCUCGUCUCGGCCGCCACGCACGCGCAGAUGGGCAACGUGGUCGCCGCGGCCGUCGCCCCGCUCGUCGCCGGCUCUGCGAUCGGCGCCUUUGCGACGGCGCAGCUCGCGUUGCAGAUGCCCGAGGAGCCGCUGCAGUGGGGCUUCGCGCUCUUCCUGGUCGCGAUGGGAGGGCACAAGCUCUACUCGCUCCGCGGCAGGGCACACCCGCAGCACCAACAGGUGCAGCAACCCCAGCCCAACGAGUCGCCCGAGGGGUGGACCAGGGUUGGGAAGGGCGGCAUGCCGGACAGGUUCACCAUGAGGAACCAUGGCCGCAAGCCGCCGGGCAAGGCGGUCAAGCGCAAGCCUGACCGCCAGCCCGCACCCAAGGGAGGCGAAAAGGACUUGCCGGAGGAGGUGAUGGCUAUGACUUUGGACCUUUGCGAGAGGUGGCGAGCGGAGCAAGAGCGGUGUAGGCGCGUCCACGCGGCGCAGCGGCUCUCCCGCGACCCCGGCCCCUCUCGUAGCCGCAGCCGUAGCCGCAGCCCCAUCUCUUGCCGCUCUUCCGUGUCGGGUUGUGACGAGGGGUGCUGA